UCUAGUUCUAGUUGUAGCAUUCUCUUUGCUUUCCCAAUUCCUUCAUACAUCCCAUCAAACUCCCCAACUUCUCUCUCUCUUCUGGCGCAUUCAAUGGCGGCUCUUCCAUUCUCCACUUUUUCAACCGCCUUUUUCAGGUUGUAGUUGGAACCUGAGGAGGAGGAGGAGGCAUGGUUUCUCCGCCGAUGGAGGAGCCAGGACAGUUGAAGCGCGCGAUGAUCGAUUCGACGGCUGGCGCAAUUGCUGGUUGUAUGUCUCGGACGGUCACGUCUCCUCUCGACGUGAUUAAGAUCAGGUUUCAGGUUCAACUGGAGCCUACAACUUCAUGGGCUUUGGUUCAAAGAAGUUUAUCUGGACCAUCAAAGUACACUGGUAUGUUCCAAGCAACAAGGGAUAUCUUCAGAGAGGAAGGGUUACCGGGUUUUUGGCGUGGUAAUGUUCCUGCUCUGCUCAUGGUUAUGCCAUAUUCAGCUAUACAAUUUACUGUGUUACAUAGACUGAAAACGUAUGCUGCUGGUUCUUCUAAGACAGAGGCCCACAUACAAUUGAGCCCAUAUCUUUCUUAUAUCAGUGGGGCUCUAGCGGGUUGUGCAGCAACCAUUGGAUCAUAUCCAUUUGAUCUUCUUAGAACCAUACUGGCCUCGCAAGGUGAACCUAAGAUUUAUCCUACCAUGAGGUCUGCGUUUAUGGAUAUAAUCCGAGCCCGGGGAUUUCGUGGACUAUACGCUGGAUUGUCACCUACCCUUGUCGAGAUUGUUCCUUAUGCGGGUCUACAAUUCGGCACCUAUGACACAUUCAAGCGAUGGACUAUAGCCUGGAAUCACCGCCACUACAAUUCUCGACCUGAAGAUGGCCUCUCGAGUUUUCAACUUUUUCUUUGUGGGUUAGCUGCUGGGACAUGUGCAAAACUUGUUUGCCAUCCGCUUGAUGUGGUUAAAAAGAGAUUCCAGAUUGAAGGGUUGCAAAGGCACCCCAGAUACGGAGCGAGAGUGGAACAACGUGCAUACCGAAACAUGUUCGAUGCCUUGCGGCAAAUUUUGAAAACCGAAGGCACUGCUGGCCUGUACAAAGGCAUCAUCCCCUCAACAGUGAAGGCAGCCCCGGCUGGGGCUGUCACAUUUGUGGCUUAUGAAAUCACAUCAGAUUGGCUCGAAUCUAUUUUGACUUGAUUCUAUUUCUUACACUAUUCAAUAAGCAUUUUUUUUCCCUACCCUAUUCUUUCCCUCUAGGAAUGACCCAAUAGAAAAGGGGCUCUCUUUUUUCUUUUUUUCCAUAACUAAAUUAUAGGAAGUUUAGCCAAAAACCCAAAAUACACCUCCUGCCGACAGUUCUCACUUCGCAUAAAUUAUGAAUUGGUACAAUUCAACUUUGACCCAAAAAACUAACUGUUUUAUUUUUUAUUUUUUAUUUUCUCUAAUAUAUCUGAGUUAAUAUCUUUGUUAGACA